UGACCUAUUUUUAAUAGCCUUGCGCAGUUCGCUAUAACCAGAGAGAAGAUAUACACAUUGACGGAAGUCAUUCAAUAGAGAAAUUAAAACAAUUCUGGUGAAAAGGGGCUACCGGUAGGGAUGGAUCCAGCGGACCCAGACAAAAAGGAGGUCAGGCGACCUAUGAAUGCUUUCCUUAUUUUUUGCAAGAGACAUCGCUCAAUGGUCCGAGAAAAGAACCCGAAUCUCGACAACCGCAACGUCACUCGUAUCCUUGGCGAUUUGUGGGCAAACCUGAAAGAGGACGAAAAGAUGCAAUACACUGACUUAGCUAAGCAGUACAAGGAUGCUUUCAUGAAAGCAAACCCUGACUACAAAUGGCAUAACCCAGAGAAGGGCAUGCACCCGACUGGUCUCCUCCCUCGAUCACCAACCAAAGAAGGCUUGGACUUCACAAGAGCUGAUCAAACCAUCACUCCUGGGAAACUGGCAGAUCCUUCUAACAUGGGAGGGUUGAGCCUCCUAUUUAUGGCAGGACAGCAAAAUGCAUCAAAAGCAGCAGCAACCAGCCAGACCCUGGAUCUGUCCAGAGAGAAGGUGACUAGGUUGGACUCUGGACCAGCGCUUUUGCCUCCUGGUCAAGGUGUGGGUGGAAUGGAACAAGGUCUGCAGGGUAAUGAAAAAGAGGACAAAAAUACUAUGGUAGCUAGUGGGAAGAUGGUAAUGGACUCCAUCAUAGAUCAGCUCUACUACUCAAAAUCAGACACCUCCUCUGAAUUUGAUGGUGAAGAAAGCAAGAAAGGAGUCUACACAUCUCUGUCUGAUAAACCAAGUGACAAGUCGUUGUUACAUGACCUGUCUGUAUCUAGAGAUGAACUGGAGAGGAAAUUACUUCUGAACCAGCAGCGUGGCAGUAGGGCAGGGCUGGACAUUGCUAGGAGUAAUUUUGUGGAUCCAAGGAAUGCCAUGAUCACAAACCAUGCAAUGAUGAAAAGCCAGAUGCUGUCCUGGUCUGGAUUCAAAAGAAAGAGGUGUUACUCGGAAGGUUUUAAGGACACUCCGGAGAUGAGCACCCUGCAGCCAUUUGACAACAUCUAUUACAAGAAGGGAGACUCCAGCAGUGACAUUGUAGAUGAGGAUGGAGAGGGAGACGGAGAUUUUCAACCAGUGAGGAAGUCCAAAAGACGGAACAGGGGACAGCGAUAUCAAGAGCUGAUUAACGAGGGAAUUAUACAGCCUUCGAAGGACAGACAGACAAACUCCAAGUCCCCGGAGGAUUCCCUCAGUGGGGAGCCGAGGGUAGUCCAGAGAGAGAGCGAGUUUAAGGAGGAGGAGCACUUGGAUUUAAACCCGAGAGAACACCUGAGGUUCGAUGUGCUAUCUGUCUAUCCGAGACAAAUAAGAAAGAGAACACAGUCCGAGUCAGAGAAAGUCCGACUUGAAGACAGCAGCAGAUACAAAACAGGGGACUUUGACCUUGAAGCCCACAUUGCCACCUUGCCAGCCUGUUCCCUGGAGAAGGUGGCGAAACCUAAGAGGACUACCCCUAAACUAAGGAGCACGUCCGAGAGUCGUGCAUCGUCAGUCAGCAGCGAUAGCUGCUCAGCAACUGAAAUUAAGCUGACCAUACCACCUCACUUAAAAGUGAAGGCAGAAGACAUUCCGUCUGGACCAGUCAUAGGCAGCAAGAAGAGGAAGGCCCGAAAACACUCCAUAACACAUCUUAUGCCCGUCACUGCAGAAAACAAAGGGGAAGAAAGUGCAAGAAACACAAGCAAUUCAGAUGAAAAAAGUCAAAAGCCACUUGAUUGUGAAAUCAAGGACACCGAGAAAUUUACUGGAAUUAAGAAACCAAUUGAAAAUACAGACAUUCAAAAUAACAAUGGCUCAUCUGACGCAAAUUUCGUUCAAAUUAAAACUGAGGAAAGCAAUGAACACUGUGUUGAACAAGAUGUAUCUAAAUCCAAUGUGCUAGACUCUGUCUGUCAGCCACCAGAUAGCCAGGGAAAAAAUGUCACCCACGAUCCUAGUCCUUGUGUUACAACUCCGGGAGACAGGCAGUCAUUCCAUAAGGAAAAGAAUGGUCAUGUGCAGACUGAAAUAGGAGGCACAGUCUUGGCAGGAAUUGUUGAAAAGACUAGUCCAUUAGGGAUUUCAAACCUUGUGAAGAGCAGCAUUUCAGGUGUGGAUGAAAUUCCUUACAGAGAAUCUUCUGGUGAGGAGCCCGAUAAAUUGAGUGCCAUGUGUGAUAGUGAUAAAGAUCGUGCAGAAAAUAAUUCUUUGGACAAAGAUGUAACAGAAUCCAAUAAUGAACACUAUGAAUCUUUCAGCAGAGGUCAGGUGAAGGAGAAAUGUGAAGAUGACCCAGUCGCUGAUACAGACCCUUGUUGCCUGACCUCUGACAGCAAGAUGAACUCUCAGGGCAUAUCUCAAAGUAGCCUGGGACAACCGUGUGGAAAGCAAGUCACAGAGGUUAUCAGUUUCCACUUGGAUGAUUCAAGGGAUGAAAGGUCAAAGGUUGCUAUGCAGAAUAACCCUCUGCAGACAGCUGUUGUUAAUUCUUAGCCCCCUUCCCAUUAUAGGAUUAUAUAUAUGUGUGAAAGUGAUGCAACAUUCAAAUAUUUUUCAGAUUAAGAACUGCAUGUUUAUGUACCGGUAAAAUCAGAUGAAUAUAGAUAGUUUUCCCAGAACCAGUAGACUAUAUUUAUUGGUGUAAUAGUCUGUAAAAAUAACAACUGGCUGUGUAGUAUAUGGAGUUUCAAACUCACUCUCUCUCUCUCACUCUCUCUCUCUCUCACACGUAUUUAAUAUGAAUCAAUUGAAUUGAUUUAAUCCAUGAACUGGUAUUUAUUUGUUAAUAAACAAUGAAGUCUUCAUAAUUAAGUACCACUUAACUCCUGUAGAUUCCUCAUUAAAUGCCUAAAAUUAAUAUCUGCGUAUAAAAAUCGCAAGAAGCACAUCUUGCAAAUUUUAAAAUUUCACUUUCAUUUUUCGGACAGAUGUAAUCUAGAUAAAACUAUAAUGAAAAUUUAGACUAUGCGAUGUUAUAUUUCGUGAUUUGAUGCAAAAUGGUUGAAUCGCAGAAUUACAUACUUGUGUUAAAUAUCUACAGAAUCUACAGUAUUGUAAAAUUUUAUCUUAUACUCUAUCUGAUUUUUCCCAAAUCUUUUGUUAAUGAUUUGUUAUUUUGUAUGUACAUGGUAGAACUGAUGGCACAUUUAUCACCACACUUAAAACAUGGUACGUAGUACCUUAGGUACUGUUGAAGAGUUUAAGUUGUGUACAUCAGAAAGUUUGUACCCCAUACCCCCCAAAUUUUCUGUUGCCUUCAAUAGUUGUUGUUAUUAUAUGUAAACUUAAGAUUAUAUGUUAUGUUAUCCCCAAAUUCUUCAAGUAGCUAUUAAAUAUCUGUUUGAAUCAGCUUGUUGUGACCUAUAUAUACAUGUAUAUAAUUAUGCAAACUUCACAGAUCUAUUGCAAAGCAUCUUCACCCAGUUAAUAGGUUGCUAAUGAUAAGUGCUAAUGUUUAGUUAGUUAUUUACAUUUCCAUUAUGGUGCCAUGUUUUAGAAUCUUUUGCAAUAUGUUAAAAUCAUGCUUGUGUAUGUAAGUAAUAUUGAAUUGAUAUUUAAUUUAUUGAUUAAGUUCAGACAUCAAAAAAGUGGGUACAUGAUAAAAGAUUACCUCCCUUGAAAAGGUACAUGUACUAAUAAAACAAUAAUAUUAAAUGUUAGAUAUUUGAUAUAUUUGCCGCUAUAAUGUAAGAAUGAAACUUUGAAAUAUUGGAAAAUGCAGAAAUGCUAAAAUCACAAUCGGAGUACAUAUGUACCAUGUACUAGUUAGUCUUUUUUCAUGACCUAAUUCCUUGUUUCCGUUCACUAUUAUGAUAUUGCCAUUAUGCACAAUGUGCUAUGUUCUAUAUAUAGUGCUGCAGCACAAUGUGCUAUGUUCUAUAGGUAUAUAGUGAUGCAGUUGUCUGGGAUUCUAUUUUUUGGGGUCUUUUUUACUCCAUUUGAAUUUUUACAUGUACAUUGUACAUGUACCAGUAGUUUAACUUUUGAAGACCAGAUUUUAAUUAUCAUUCAAAGUUAAUUUUAAUAUCGUACAUACAAAUCUGUUAUUAUUGUUAUGUUCAAAUUGAUUUUGAGAACACAAAACCAUCAUUGCCAUUGUGAUUUAUAAAUGUCACUUUUUCCGAUUUAAUUUUUUUUUAUUUGUAUUCUUUGUUUAAAGACAACAGACCAUUUUCAUUAAAAAGAAAUAUUGAGUAAAAUUUGACAAAAGUUAAAUCUGCCAAGUAACCAAAACUGAUUUAAAUACUUUAACAAAAAAUAUGAAUUCCUUUUUUCUUAUUGGUAGUUUUAAAAGGUAAACCAUUUUUCUUUAUUACUUUAUCUGUGAAAAUAACAAUUAUCGAUGCUAAUCUUUUGAAAUUCUGGGAAACAAUUUAUAUUCAGGUAAGAUAUUAAUAUAAUGAUAUGACUACAGUGAUUUUUACUUAUUGUUUAAAAAAUAAAAUAAAAAAUUGUCAUAGCUUUGGAUUUUUUUAGGUAACGUGUUUAUCAGAGCACAUUUUUCCAAAAUGGACCCUAAAAAGACUACAUUUUGAUUUUUUCUGAUACUUUUUGAACUUAUCAUUCAGUUUCAAGUUACUACCUUAAUAAUAUACUAAUAGUGAUUAAUAUGAAAAUGAUAAUUCAGAUAAAAUUACAUGUACAUGCAUAUUGCAUAAGUUAAAUUAAAUAGGGCUUUUGUUCAUAAAAUAAAUGUUUUAAAAUUCUGUUAAUUGUAUUCAACAUGUUGUACAUACAGUCAUCUCUACUAUGUAAAUCCACAACUGUGUCCCUGGAUUGAUGCUGUUACAUAGAUUUAUUCAUGCCUUGAAUAUUCUUCAUCAUACCGAUUAGUGAUUGUCAUUGUUCAUGUCUACAAGCACGCAUUUUGAUUCUAAAGGUUCAAAUAAAUGUUAUAAAGUUGAGAAUUGGU